AUGACAGACCCUACCAACCCCUACAAACACCUCUAUGAAAAUCCCAAUGGCGUCGGUGAUCAGCGGCCAACGGCACUUCAAAUAGUUCGAGACCAAGGUGUUGUAGGCACCUACGCUGGUAAGGUUGCUUUAGUGACUGGUGGGACAAACGGCAUCGGCCUUGAAACAGCUCGAGCUCUGCAUGCUACCGGGGUGGACGUCUUCAUCACCGCCCGUGAUGCUACCAAGGGCGACAAGGUCCGCCAGGACAUCCUUUCCACAUCAGAAGGCAAAGGGUGUUUCAAGAUCAUCAUGAUGGACAUGGAUUCGCUCGAAUCGGUUCGAAAUGCCGCCAAAAGCUUUUUGAACCAGAGCGACAAGUUGAACAUUCUCAUCAACAAUGCUGGUAUAAUGGGCACGCCUUACAGUCUCACCAAGGACGGAUUUGAACGGCAAUUUGGGGUUAAUCAUCUCGCCCACUUUUUGCUGACCAACUUGUUACUUCCGGUGUUGGAGCGCAGCGCAACGGCCAAACUUGCUUCCCGCGUGGUAAACGUUUCAUCCUCAUCCCAUAGACAUGCAGUGGUCAGUUGGGAACACUUCAAUUCACAUCCGAUCAUAUACAACGGAGAGGUUGCCUACGGUCAGAGCAAGACCGCAAACAUCUGGAUGUCAAAUUACUUGGAUCGGGUCUACGGUCCGCGCGGGGUUCAUAGUCUGUCUCUCGGGCCUGGGGGCAUCUGGACUGGUCUUUUGGCUUAUACACCUCCGGACCUGGUUGCGGCGUUCAAGGAAUCCCCAGAAAUAGCGCCCAAUAUGCAGAGCGCUGAGCAGGGUGCCGCGACGACUUUAUGGGCAGCGGUUGGAAAGGGUUGGGAGGGUAGAGGAGGUGAAUACCUGCAUGAUUGCAGAAUAGCCCCCCCAGAGACUGGCGAUUUGUACUCUGUCAUGAGUUCUUUUGCAGCGCCAUGGGUUCGUGGUCGAGAGGGAGAUGAGGAUAGACUUUGGGAGAUGAGUGAGAAGUUGGUGGGUGUUGAGUCUCAUAACACGUCUCAUUAA